AGCUGCGUCCCUGCACACCUUCGGGAUCUGCCGCUGCACAGAGCCGUAGCACCUGAACCUGUGCCUGGGUGAAGCCAGUGCGUCCCGAGCCUCUGGAGGUGCUCACCUGCGGCAGGUUGCUUUCACUGGUUCCGGCACUGCGAAAACGCCGGCCUGUAGCUUUUGGCAGCACUUAUUGGAGGAGACACCUUCCCUGGGGCUUUGUAGGAGAGAUUUGCCCGCUUUGGGGGAUUUGCAGCUGUUUCAAAUGAAAUGUAGAGCCCCGUUUUCCAUUUGUCACUGAGCUUUUUGUGGCUGUUAACUCUCGUCUUACUGUUGGCAGGGGCUCAUUUGGUGCUUACUAAUGUUUUCCAGGGCAUGAGCAUUGCUGUUGUGGGACCUACCUUUCAAGAUCUAGCUAGCAAUGUGAAUAAAAAUGUCAGUGACAUCUACUACAUCUUCGUGGGGCGUUCGGUGGGCUACCUUGGAGGGUCAGUGGUUGGAGGGAUUCUCUUUGACUGCAUGAACCCUCAUCUUCUCUUGGGGUUAUCUAUGCUGGGAACAGCAGUUGGUCUUUAUGCCAUACCAUGGUGUAAGAAGGCAUUAAUGUUAACAGGCCUGAUGUCAGUCAUUGGAGUUUCCAUGGGAGUUCUGGACACAGGUGGCAAUGUCCUUGCAUUGAAUACAUGGGGAGCAGACGCUGGACCACACAUGCAGGCCUUACACUUCAGUUUUGCACUGGGUGCCUUUGUAGCUCCCCUCUUGGCUAAAAUGGCUUUGGGCAGCCCCAUAUCUCAACUCCAUAAUGAAGGUGAAAAAACAAAUCAGUCUGUUCUGAGUUCUAUAUCUACAGCACUGCCUGCAUCAGCAUUCAAACUCUAUUUCAGCAUUCACUUUCUGUGGUCCUUCAUUGUUAUAGGCACCUAUAUUUUGUUAAUUUCUUUGCUAUUUUUUAUCCUAUAUUCAAGGAACAGCCCAAUGCGAGAUAAAACAAAGGCUUCUGUGCACAAAUGCCGGAUUGCCAAAUACCACUAUGUUCUCCUCAUUCUUCUUUUCAUAUUUUUCUUUUGCUAUGUAGGAGCAGAAGUUUCCUAUGGCUCUUACAUUUUUACUUACGCAAAGGGCUACGCUGAUAUGAAGGAAAGUGAAGCAGCUGUCUUGAACUCUGUCUUUUGGGGAGCAUUUGCAGCUUGCAGAGGCCUUGCAAUCUGUUUUGCUGCCUGUUUAUACCCUGGUACUAUGAUUCUGCUUAGUGUCAUAGGCAGUACUGUCUCCUCCUUGUUUUUGGUACUGUUUGCUACACAUCCUAUCUCGCUAUGGGCUGGGAGUACAGUGUACGGGGCUUCAAUGGCUGCCACCUUUCCCAGUGGCAUUUCCUGGAUUGAACAGUACACCACUAUACAAGGAAAGUCUGCUUCUCUUUUUGUGGUUGGUGCUGCCUUGGGAGAGAUGUGUAUUCCAGCAGCAGUUGGGUUUUUGGAAGGGAAGUUUUACCAUCUGCCAGUGAUAAUGUAUGCUGCACUGGGAGCUUCAGUAACAACAGCACUGCUCUUUCCUGUGAUGUAUAAAUUGGCCACCUCUUCCAGUGAGAGUAUGUUGGAGGACAGUGGUGAGAGUGAGGACCGGAAAGCUUUGUUGUCCAGCUCUGGACUGGAUGAAGAUGAAGAGGAGGAGGAUGCAGAAGAAUGGAAUGAAGCAGACUUUGAAGUGAUUGAAAUGAAUGAUACAAUGAGAAACUCUGUGAUUGAGACCUCUCGGAAGAUACCAGAAUCCCCAGCUAAAAUUUCCAACCAACCACUUUCAAAUAACAUACUGUUUAAUUCUCCAGUGUUGGCUGGGAGCUCCCCAGGGAGGAAGCACUGUAGUACAGACAGGGAGAAGAAUGAUUAAAGGAAACCUAGGCUGAUUACUUAAAAUGACUGACUGGCUUGGGUAACAUAAAAACACAGUCAAAUUGCAGCUGUUUUUGUAAGGUGAGCAAGAACCUGAGUAGUGGUACAAAGCUAAGCGUUCCCACCUCCAUGCUUGCAAAAUCCCAAUCCAUUCUGCUUUUUCAUUUUAGCCUGCAGCUGUGUUUCCUGGAGUGGCGAAAUACAUGGCAAUCAGGUGUAGUGUAAGGAAAUUAAAAUUUAGCCUAAAAGUACACAAACAUUUUCUGAAGUAGGAGGCUGAAGUUUUG